AUGAACAGGCCGUUUGCCACCAUAGCAACGAUUGUGGUCGUUCCGACAGUACUAACGUGGGCUUUGAGGUCCGUCUUGCCAUCGGAGAAAGAUGUCUAUGAUGUACGGCCGUCUAGUUGUUUACAAAUAGAGAUUCCCCCCGGAGCUGAAAAGAAGAAUUGCGGCCGAGGAGAUGGAAAUGGAGAAACUAAACAAGGAAAGAUUUUCUCUGAUGUUUCCGGAGGAUGGCCAACAAACCCUUUAGAUUUUUAUUAA